CCACUCCAAAACAAGAAGGCAGUGUGUAUUGUGACUCUAAGCUGGGGGACGUGCUUUCGCUGGCGGCGUCCAUUGUAUUUUUUUUUGGACUUCGCAGUGGUGGCAUACCUUAUUCGAAUGACAGAAUAUUAUGGAGGGCAAUGAGAGGCCCGCAACGCAUGUAUCGUGCCUCUACCCCGAAAUUCUUGCCUUGAUUUUCAGCUAUUUGGAUGUAAAAGACAAAGGAAGUGCGGCGCAGGUUUGCUCUUCAUGGCGCGAAGCAGCGUACCACAAGUCCGUUUGGCGAGGCGUGGAAGCUAAAUUGCACUUGCGGCGAUCCAACCCCUCUUUGUUCCAGAGCUUGGUACAGCGCGGUAUUCGGCGGGUACAGAUUUUGAGUCUGAGACGGAGCCUUCGGGAUGUCGUUCAGGGCAUCCCCAAUUUGGAGAGUCUCAACCUUAUCGGAUGCUACAACCUCACAGAUGUUUGGCUGACUCAAGGCAUGGCACAAGAAGUUCCGACCCUGACAGUGCUCAAUUUAAGUAUGUGCAAACAAAUCACGGACCACAGUCUGAGAAAAAUAUCCGAGUAUGCUAAAAACCUACAAGUACUGGACUUGGGUGGCUGUAGUAAUGUCACGAACACUGGACUUCUGCUUAUCGCUUGGGGCUUGACCAAACUGAAAAGUCUGAACCUCCGUAGCUGCAGGCAUGUUUCUGAUGCUGGUAUCGGUUUCUUGGCUGGUUCCGGUACGCACAUUGCUGAAGGAACUUUAAUCCUUGAACAUCUGUGUUUACAAGAUUGUCAAAAACUGACCGAUGAUGGUUUAAAGCAUCUGAGCUUAGGACUUCACCAUUUGAAAAGCAUCAAUCUUAGUUUUUGUGCGAGUGUGACAGACUCUGGCCUGAAACAUUUGGCGCGAAUUACAUCCCUUAGAGAACUGAACUUGAGGAGCUGCGACAGUAUAUCCGAUAUAGGCCUUGCCUAUCUCGCAGAAAACAAUUCCAGAGUGACAAUUUUAGAUGUCAGUUUUUGUGACCGCGUGGGAGAUCAAGGUUUAUUACACAUAUCCCAAGGACUGUUCAAUUUACGAAGUUUAAGCUUAAAUGCCUGUCCAAUAACUGACGAAGGUUUGGGUAGAAUAGCUAGGACGUUAACUGACUUACGCACAUUGAAUAUUGGUCAGUGCAGCCGAAUUACCGACAAAGGGCUUAGUUUAGUUUCAGAACAUUUGCAGAAACUCUUCUGUAUUGACCUGUAUGGUUGUACAAAUAUUACAACAGUGGGCCUGGAAAAAGUUAUGCAAUUACCUCAACUUAGUGUCCUUAAUUUAGGUUUGUGGCAAAAAAGGUGACACCUACUUUGCCAGAAUGUUGAUAGUGUUUGUGCCAUUUCAUAGGAUAUAUUUUUAAGGAAAUCUCAUCUAACCUGGAUAUAUUUCGUAAGCAGCAUUUGCCUUUCUAUGCUAUAAAAUAUGCAAGAUUUUUUUUAUUAUUUAUUUCAGUUAAUAAAAUCCUAAAAAGUGAAAUAACUGAAAUUGAGAGAUAUCUUGACAAACAAAAUGAGUAAUGAACAAUCUCAUUUCUUUUAAUUAUAUGCUCAAAGCAAGUAAUAAAUACUUCAAAGAUAAAAAAUAAAUUUUGAUUUCUCAAUGCCUUGCUUUUGUGUGACUUUUCUAAAUCAGUAUAAUUGUCAUAGAUUAAUAUCUGAUAAGAUAAACUUUGCUUGGACUUGUGAAGUACUAUAUGAAUUUCAUCUGUUAUACUACCUCAAUUAGUUAAAUGCUUAUGCAUGCAUGUGAUAUGUAUUUUUACAGAAAAGCAGAAAUAUAUUUACAGAAACAUUUUUCUGUUAGUUCAAUCAUUUUAAGUUUGGUAAUAAGCAGUGUUUUUUAGGAAUAAUAGCUAUAAUUAGCUCAUUUUAUAAGCUAAUAUGAAAUAUUAUUAUAUAUAUAUUAUUUCUGUACUAUGCUCAAAUUUAAUUUUAAUAUGUAUUAGGUAGUAUGUGUGAUUUACUUGCAUGAAAGUAGAUAUUAAAUGUUUGUAUAUUCAAAAUCCAGUGUCAGAUCAAAAUAUUUUUGAGUUUAUCUUUAAUAAAACUUUUGUUAAUUGAGUUUUUAUUACUUUAGCUUCAUUUAAGGUAUGAGCAAAUUGUUAUGGAAGUAUUUAUUUAUUAAGAUCUCAUAAUAUACCGAAUAUUUACUGUAAGGAAUUUGUUUCAGUAUUAAGUUAUUGUACUGUAGAAGCCUAAAUU